AUGACCUCUCUACUGAAAAGUGAUAAUACCAGGUCGGCAGACGGCAAACUCGCCGACCUCAAGAAAGACACGGUUGAGCUUUCCAAGGACCAGCAUAUGACCACCGACUAUGGUAUCAAGAUCUCAGACCCCGACCACUGGCUUCGAGUUGUCAACGACCAUCACAAUGGACCGAGCUUGUUGGAAGACCAGAUUGCCCGUGAAAAGAUUAUGCGGUUUGACCACGAACGCAUCCCUGAGCGAGUAGUACAUGCCCGCGGAACCGGCGCUUUUGGUUCUUUCAAGCUCUUCGAGAGCGCAGAAGAUGUCACCACAGCCGGCGUUCUCACAGACACCUCGCGUACAACUCCAGUGUUUCUUCGAUUCUCAACGGUGCAGGGCAGCAAGGGCAGCGCGGACACCGUGCGAGAUGUACGGGGUUUCGCCGUCAAGAUGUACACCUCCGAGGGUAACUGGGAUAUCGUGGGAAACAACAUUCCGGUCUUCUUCAUCCAGGACGCCAUGAAAUUCCCCGAUUUCGUGCAUGCUGUCAAACCUGAGCCGCAUAAUGAAAUCCCACAGGGCCAGAGCGCGCAUAAUAAUUUCUGGGAUUUUGAGUACAUGCACACGGAAACAACACACAUGUAUCAAUGGGCUAUGUCUGACCGUGCAAUCCCUCGUUCCUAUCGGAUGAUGCAAGGAUUUGGGGUCAACACUUUCUCCCUGAUCAACGCCCAGGGCAAGCGUCAUUUUGUCAAAUUCAUCUUCACCCCGGAGCUCGGCGUCCACUCUCUUGUCUGGGAUGAAGCCUUGAAAAUUGCCGGUCAAGACCCCGAUUUCCACCGGAAGGACUUGAUGGAUGCGAUCGACAAGGGCCAUUUUCCCAAGUGGAAGUUUGGUCUGCAAUUGAUUCCCGAGGAGAAACAACAUGACUUUGAAUUCGAUAUUCUUGAUGCCACCAAGGUCUGGCCCGAAGAGCUGGUUCCCAUCCGAUACAUUGGCGAACUGGAGCUAAACCGCAAUGUGGAUGAGUUCUUCCCGCAGACGGAGCAGGUGGCAUUCUGCACCAGUCAUAUUGUCCCCGGAAUCGACUUUUCCGACGACCCUCUCCUCCAGGGCCGCAAUUUCUCCUACUUUGACACCCAGCUCUCUCGGUUGGGCGUGAACUGGCAAGAGCUCCCGAUUAACAGACCGGUGUGUCCAUUCAUGAACAUGAACCGGGACGGUGCGAUGAGACAUCGGAUCACCAAAGGGACUGUAAACUACUGGCCCAACCGGUUCGAGGCGAACCCUCCGUCAUCUGUCGCCCAGGGGGGCUUUGCCAGCUAUCCCGAGAAGCAGCAUCAGGGAGUCAAGGGCCGCUAUUUCUCGGAGAAGUUCAAAGAACACUUCAACCAGGCGCAGAUGUUCUACAAUUCUCUUUCCAACAUUGAGAAACUCCACGUGGCCAAGGCGUACUCGUUUGAACUGGACCACUGCGACGACGAACUUGUCUACAAGCGCAUGUCGGAGCGUCUGGCGGUCAUUGACCUUGGCCUGGCACAGACUGUGGCGAAGAAUGUCGGAGGCGACACGCCCACCAAGGCCUUGAAGGAGAAUAAAGGCCACAAGGCCAAGGGACUCAGCCAGUUCGACUUCCUCUCAGACAAGCCCAUCAUUGCCACCCGUCGGAUCGCGUUUCUCAUCGGCAAUGGCUUCGACUACGCCGCCUACUCGGGCAUGAAGUCUGUCCUGGAGGAACACGGCGCCUUUGUCUUCACCAUCGGCCCGCAUCGGCAGCCCGUGGAAGCCGAGUCGGGAGAGAAAGUCACACCCGACCACCACUUCCCGGGCAUGCGUUCCACGAUGUUCGACGCGACCUUCAUCCCCGGCGGUAACCACAUCGCGGCUCUCAGCAAGAACGGCGUCGCCAAAUACUGGAUCACCGAGUCCUUUGCCCACCUGAAACCCAUCGCAGGUCUCGGGGGAGCCGUCGAUCUCAUCCGGCAACAGAUCAAUCUGGGUGAGGUCAAAGUCGCCGAUGCAUCCACCGACCAUACAACUACUGAAAGCUACGGGGUCAUCACUGCACGGUCCAACCCUGCGUCCUUCCAGGCGGAUCAUGUCGAUGCGAACUCCAAGGGGUUCCCCGAACAGUUUAUCUGGCAUGUUUCUCGACACAGGAAUUGGAAGCGGGAGCUUGAUGGCUUAGCAGAUCAGAUUGCUGCGUAG